AUGCUUAUUUAUGCAGAUUCGGAAGAAGUUUCGAAUUUUAUUAAUAUAUUUGUUGAAGAACAUGGUGAAGCACCAUCAUUUAAUAUAUUUGAAUCAUGUGAAAAAGUGGAGAAAAAAGGAGUUGAGAACAGUAAUUCAGAAGAACAAAUGAAAACAGAGAAUAACUCAGGGAGAUCGACCGCUAGUCAAUUACAAGAAUUAACACAAUUUUGUCAAAGUCAAACAAUAACACAAAUCAAUAAACGUUGGGGACCUAAACCACUCGACGGACCAAUUUCUAUCGAUUUUAUAAAUCAAAUGUUGGAAGCUCGAAAAGUCAAAUCCUAUCCAUAUUCCCAUGAUUUGGAUCCAUCAAAAUUUAUGAAAGUUUUCAAUCCACAUACAUCUAAUUUAUAUAAAACUUCAACAAUGACUGAUGCACAUGAAAGAUCAUUUAUCAUGGUUAAACCUGAUGGUGUUCAACGUGGUAUAGUGGGUGAAAUCAUUAAGCGUUUUGAACAACGAGGAUUUAAACUCGUCGCAUUAAAAAUGGUUACGCCAACACGAGUAUUGCUUGAACAACACUACGAUGAACAUCAGGGUAAAAAAUUCUUCGAACCAUUAUUACAAUACAUCGGAAGUGGACCAGUUGUUGCAAUGGUGUGGGAAGGUUUAAAUGUUGUUUCUGUUGGUCGAAAAAUGCUGGGUGCAACUGAUCCAGCAAAAUCUGAGCCAGGAACAAUCCGUGGUGAUUUUGCUAUUGUGACAGGAAGAAAUAUUGCACAUGGUAGCGAUUCUGACAAAUCAGCUAAACGUGAAAUUGACUUAUGGUUUCGAGCAGAUGAGCUCGCCGUCUGGACAAAUUCUGCUGAAAGAUGGAUUUAUGAAUAG